GAGGAAAAUCAUGGCUACAGCAGAAUAUGGUGUAAUACAAGCAGCAGCAAUUCCCGAGCGUUAUGCACGGGGCUGGCAUAUGUUGGGGACAUUAGACAAAUUUAGUGACGGCAAGCCUCAUAAGAUUGAGGCUUUUGGAACAAAGCUUGUUGUUUUUAAAGGGGAAGAUGGCAAAAUCAACAUUUUGAAUGCUUACUGCGUACACAUGGGCGGUGAUCUUUCUGAAGGUUUUGUCAAAGGUAAUGAUGUGGUUUGUCCUUUCCACGCAUGGGCUUGGAACGGCGAAGGCAAAUGUACUGACAUUCCUUAUUGCAAACGCAUCCCUCCAAAAGCUAAGACGAAAGCUUGGCCAACUCUCGAAAAAAAUGGCUUAUUAUUUAUUUGGAACGAUCCAGAAAAUUUACCUCCCGACCCAGAAGUUGAGCCUCCUCAGAUGCAAGCCUGUAUUAACGGGGAAUGGAUGCCUUGGGAAAUGAUUUCCUGGAAAAUCAAUAUUAACUGUAGAGAACUUGUCGAUAAUGUCGCUGAUAUUGGUCAUUUUGGCCCAGUACAUGGUGCGCCUGUAAAAUAUUACGCUAAUGUGUUUGAAAAACAUAUUGCAACACAAGUUUUGGUGGCAUCGUCUGAACGUUUAGCCGAGGAUGGUAUUUUACAAACCCGUGCCACCUAUUUUGGGCCCGCCUACCAAAUUACUGAAAUGACUGGACAAAUGGGCGGAAAUCCCAUUCAUGCGUUGUUAUUAAACUCUCAUGUGCCUAUCGAUAAUAACAGCUUUAUGCUCAACUUUGGUGUGAUGGUCAAGAAAUAUCCAGGAAUGAGUGAAGAGCAAAACCGUGAAAUUGCCAGAGCAUAUGUCAAACAGUCUCAAGACGCUUUUGCUGAAGACGUAGCCAUUUGGGAUAACAAAAUUCGUAUUGACAAUCCUGUCUUGUGCGAAGGUGAUGGGCCAGUUUAUCAAUUACGUCAAUGGUAUCAACAAUUUUAUGUGGAUCGUGACAAGGUUGACCCUGCAUUAGCAGAAAAAAUGGUCUUUCAAAAUACCUACACAGAAACCGAUUUAAAACCUGAUUUAGAUCACGAGUAUAGUGUUAUGACCCAUGUGGUAAUCGAAAACUGCAUCAAAUGUCGUUAUACCGAUUGUGUGGAUGUUUGCCCAGUUGACUGCUUCCGCGAAGGCCCGAAUUUUCUGGUAAUUGAUCCGGAUGAGUGUAUUGACUGUGCCGUUUGUGUUCCUGAAUGCCCUGCUGAUGCAAUUUUGGCCGAAGACAACUUAGAGCCUGAGCAAAGGAUGUAUAUUAAGCUCAACGCUGAGCUUUCACGUGACUGGCCGCGCAUAUCUGAGUCUAAAGAAGCCUUACCCGACGCGGACGAAUGGAAAGACAAACCUAACAAAUUAGAGCUACUCGAG